UGUUAUCGGUCGGUCAAUGACUGCGUGGAAGGGAUUGUUAUUCGCUGUAGCUACUGUCGUCGGACGUUUAAUAACCAGGAACGCUUCAACAUCCACAAAAAUAAGCGUAAAAACGAAAAACCUUUUUGUUCUCAGAUUUUUUAUUGUAAAGACUGUCGCCGCUUUGUGAACUUAACACGUCGACCAAAUGGAAAGCAUCAGUGUGGGGAGAUGUUUUGCACAGUUUGCCGUGAUUGGGUUCAACAAGCAAACCAUAAGUGCUACCUGAAAGUGUUUCCGAAGCCAACGCAGCUUUUGCCAGAUCAGCCGGAACCGUCAAAGCGGUAUAUUUUUUUCGAUUACGAAACGUACAACGAUCCGGUCAAAGGACUUACUCCGAGCUGCGUUGUCGCCCAGUAUGAAGAUGGAACAGAAUUCCGAUUUCCGGAGGUUGGUCAACCAAUGACUCAGGAUGUUGCUCCACGGUUUGGUGUAUGGUUGUUAUCAGAGAAGCACAAUCGGCAUACGAUCAUUGCACACAACUUCCGCGGUUACAACGGUCACUUUAUCUUAAAGUGCCUUUUGGACAACAGACUACACGGGGCGGAGGUAACAAAGAGAGGAAGUCAGCUCUUGGAGUUGCGGUAUCGAUCUCUUAAUAUGUGUUUCCGUGGCACUCUCAAUUUCCUACCCAUGAAGUUGAGCAGCUUACCCAAGGCGGUUGGCCUGGGAGUUGUUGUAGAGAAAGGUGACCUUCCACAUCAUUUCAACCGCCCUGAGAACUGGGAUAAACUGUUGCCGUGGCCUGACCCGGAAAUGUAUGUUUUUGUCGGCUUAAAGAGGAAGGACAACGAAAAAUUCCUCAAGUGGAAUGCCGAAGCAAAAGCCGCAGCGGGUGGACAGUUCGACUUCCGUGCGGAAAUCAUGUCGUAGUGUUCGAAUGAUGUUACAGUUCUUCGACGCUGUGCUCUCAGGUUUGUUGAUGAUUUUAUUGCUCUGACAAACUUGAACCCCUUGGACAUCAUUACAAUGUCAUCGGUUUGUAAUCGGUACUACCGUACGUAUCACUUGGAAUCGAACAAGAUUGCUGGACUGUCCGUCCAUGGUCCUCACCGCAACCGACACACCAGUGUUCAGGCAACUCAUUAGUUGGAAGUGCUUAACCGUGACUUGGGUGGGCCGCAAUGGCAAAGAAGUGCACAUUGGUCCGUACUACGUUGAUGGCUACGAUGCCGCUAUUCGUACAGUAUACGAGUAUAACGGUUGUGUAUUCCACGGACAUCCCGAAUGUACCGAUGAGGAAGGUCGGUCGCCUUUCUCUCGUAAAACGACGAGCGAGGUGUACGAUUAGUACCUGGAUCGUGUGCGAUUCCUGGAAGAUGAGAAGUAUACAGUUGUCACGAAGUUGGAGUGCGAAUGGAAGAGGGAACGUCAAGAAGCUGAUAUUGCUUCCUUCCUGUCUGGCCAAAGACUGCGCAAACCGCUUAAUCCUCGGGACGCCUUUAAAGGUGGCCGCACUAAUGCCAGUCGCUUGUACUACACAGUGAAGCCGGGGGAAAUGAUUAUGCACUUCGAUGUUGUUAGCUUGUAUCCUUUCGUUAAUAAGACCAAAACAUACCCCAUCGGUCACCCAACGAUUAUCUUGUCGGAUUUCAAGGACGUGAGGGAGUAUUAUGGCUUGGUGUCGUGCAAGGUACUACCACCACAGCAGUGUUUGUAGCCUGUUCUCCCUGCUGCUAUCAACAAAAAGUUGGUAUUCGCUCUUUGUCGAACGUAUGCCGACACCAAAAGUAACGACUAUUGCCAGCAUAGUGACGCUGACCGCUGCCUUGAGGGGGUAUGGACUACACCGGAACUUCACCACGCCAUCGACCGGGGCUACGUCGUACAGAAAGUUUACGAGGUAUGGCACUGGGACACCAUGGAAGCCGGUGUUUAUGCUGCAUACAUCAACAAGUUCCUGAAAAUCAAAAUGGAGGCGAGCGGGUGGCCUAGCUGGUGCAAAACUCCUCUGCAAAAAGUCCGAAUAUCUGCGCCAGGUUAAAAAGCGUGAAGGGAUCGAUCUCGAUCCGGAAGCCAUGAUCUACGAUGCUGGGCGGCGUAAUGUGGCCAAGAAUUGUCUUAACUAUCUGUGGGGCAAGCAGGGACAGCGGGAUGAUAUGACUAUGACCAAGUUCGUCUACAAGACUAAGGUUAUUUGGACAUGAUCCGCUCCAAGGCCGUUGAAAUUCAUGACGUGUUUGCCAUUAACGACGACUGUCUCAUGGUGACCUACUCCAACGGAGAAGACUACAACGAAGGUAGUAACGCUACGAACGUCGCCUUAGACGCGUUCACCACUGCUAAUGCCCGCCUCAUCCUUCUGGACAUGAUGGAGAAACUGGGCGACCGAUUGAUGUACUACGAUACGGAUUCAGUCGUCUUUCUCACCCGCCCCGGAGACUGGGUGCCAGAGAUGGGCAGCAUCCUGGGCGACUGGAACAAUCAGUUGCAGGCCGGGGAGAGCCACAUCGUGAAGUUUGUGUCGUGCGGUCCGAAGGUGUACAGCUACGAGACUGACACUGGCCGGAUCGAGUUGAAGGCAAAAGGCCUCACGCAAAACGGGUACAGGGAAGAUAUCUUGGAUUUCGAUGAGUUCACCAAAUCAUUCGCCAGGACCGGACAGACCUUAGACUUUGACAAACUCAAGUACCUCUUGGACGGUACGGAAUCCCUUGAUCAGAUCAUCUACCCUGAAUUCGUCAAACGGAACGGCAAGACCCAAGAGAUAAACACGGUUCAGCUGUUCAAAAAAUUGAGAAUGGUUUACGAUAAACGCAUGUAGCUUGCUGACUUUACUACUCUGCCUUUUGGUACUAAACAGUAAUAAUAAAUAAAAGAAACAGUCCAAUCGUUUUUUUAUUUUAACCGGGACUGCUUUGUUAAUUGUUACCU